AACCAAGUUUUCCAGGACGGACAAAUUUAAGGCUUUUUUUUUAUAAUUAAAGGAAAGAAGAAGGAACAAAAACAAUAUUUUUAAAAUUCCACAUAACAAAUGUCUGACCGGAGCAAGACAAGGAAAUCUGCAACAAAGACCAGAUCACCUGAAGGGCCCACAGUUUGUUCCCAGAAGAGUGAAGAUGAGCCAACAGGCCCCAGCAGCGUCUCUGUUAGAAGUGACAUGUCAAAGGGUCUGCCAAAUGACUUUAGAAAAGCCAGAUCAAAACGUCUGAAAUUCAGCAAGGAGCUGAGCAGCUGCUCAGUUUGUCAAAAGGUUGUGAAGGAUUUGCUUUAUCUUAUUUGUGGACAUCCAUCAUGUAAGAAGUGUUUGGAUUUGAGCCUGACGGAUUUACCGACAGACUCGCCCUGCUUAACGUGUGGAGAGACAUGUAGGAAAAACACACUGAAAGACAGAGGUAACAGCGUCUCUCUGGAAGCACAGAUGAAUCUUAAAAAAGCAAUGAAAAAUAAACUCACCUUGACGUCUGAAGGUAAUGGUGACCAUCACAGCUCCCUCAAAAGCAUCUACACAACCCUGUUCAUCACCACUGCAGAUAAUGAUGGACGAAACGAAGAACAUGAGUACAGACAGAUCAAAAAUGAUCAUCCAAACCAACCACUGAAUGACUCUACAGUCAACCUGAGUGAGCUCUUCAAGUCAGUGGCUGCCCAGGAGAAACCCAACAGGACAAUCCUGACUAAAGGAGUUGCAGGAAUUGGGAAAUCCUUUGCUGUUCAGAAGUUCAUUCUUGAUUGGGCUGAAGACGAAACAAACCAAGAUAUUGACUUUGUUUUCAGUCUUGCUUUCCGAGAGCUGAAUCUGAGUGUAGGAGAGAAAAGCCUCCAUGAGCUGCUGACUGAGUUUCAUCCGUCUCUCCAACCUCUAAAAGAUUCCCAGGAUUACGCCAAAACAAAGAUCAUAGUGAUCCUUGAUGGUCUGGAUGAAAACAGACAUCCACUGGACUUUCAGAACUCAGCCAAAGUAACUUCUCUUGAUCAUAUAGCAUCUGUAGGCGAUCUUGUUGUAAACCUGAUCCAGGGUGACCUCCUUCCUGAGGCAAACAUCUGGAUAACUUCCCGACCAGCAGCAGCCAGUCAGAUCCCUGCAGAGUACAUCGACAUGGUGACAGAGAUAAGGGGGUUCACUGAUGCUCAGAAAGUGGAAUAUUUCAGAAAGAGAUUUGGUGAUGAUUCCAGUCUCACUGACAGGAUAACAUCACAUAUUCGGUCCUCACAAAGCCUGGACAUCAUGUGCCAGAUCCCAGUGUUCUGUUGGAUUUCUGCUGUCUUAUUCCAGGAAGUCUUCAGCAGAAAUGAAGAGACCGAAAUCCCCCAGACUCUAACAGAGUUAAUGGCACAUUUUGUCUUUGCUCAGACAAAACGUAGAAGCAGAAAGUAUGACAUGAACCCUGAGAAAAACCGGGAGAAGCUCCUGAAGACUCACAGAGAAUUUCUUCUGAAACUUGGGAAACUCGCGUUUGUCCAGCUUCUAGAAAACCAGCUCAUCUUCUAUGAGGAAGACCUGAAAGGUUGUGGCAUUGGUAUAGCAGAAGCAACAAUCUUCUCUGGUUUAUGUAACACUGUUCUCCGAGAAGAGGAAGUCUCCUCCCAGAAAAAGGUUUUCUUCUUUGUGCAUCUGACUCUUCAGGAGUUCUUUGCAGCUCUGCACGUCUAUGAAUGCUUGAAAACUAAUGAAACCAAAGAACUUGGGAAGUUCCUUUGUGUGGAAGACAAAGACAUUCCUUUACUUGAUCUUCUAAAGAUGACAGUCAACAAAGUGCUUGAGAAGAAGAAUGGUCACUUAGACCUUUUCUUGCGAUUCCUGCUUGGCCUGAUGGUUGAACCCAAUCAGAGAAUCCUUCAGGGUCUGUUGACUCCUCUUGACGAAGGGGAUGAGAUGGACAAGAAAAUCUUAACUUACUUGAGAUCACUUCAGAAAACCAUCUCUCCAGACAGCUGUAUCACCAUCUUCCAGUCCAUGACUGAGAUGAGAGAUCACAAAGUCAAAGAUGAGAUUCAGGAAUUUCUCAAACUGUCUGACCAUUCGAAAAAGGAACUGUCUCCUUUGCACUGCUCUGCUUUGGCCUACAUGCUGCAGGCCUCCAAGAAUGAUCUGGAUUUACUGGAUCUGAAGAGCUACAACACAUCAGAUGAUGGUAGAAGAAGGUUGAUACCAGCUGUUAGGAGCAGCAAAGAGUUGCUUGCAAAUUGCAAAGUUACAAAGAACUGGAUGGUUCCUCUGGCCAAUGCCCUCAAGUUUUUCUACUCAGCUCUGAGGGAUCUUGACCUGAGCAACAAUGACCUGAAAGAUUCAGGAGUGGAGGUGCUUUGUGGAGGACUGUCGAGUCAUUCCUGCAAACUGGAAAUACUAAGGAUGUCUGGCUGUUUGGUCACAGAGACGGGAUGUGAUCAUCUGGUCUCUGCUCUUCAGUCCAACCCGUCACAUCUGACGGAGCUGGACCUGAGCUACAACCAUCCAGGAGACUCUGCUGGCAAGAAACUCUCUAAGCUGAGGGAUGAUCCACAAUACAAGCUCAGAAAGCUGAACCUCGACGAUGGAGGGACUCACAGAUUGAAGCCUGGCUUUAGGAAAUAUGCCUGUGAACUCACUUUCAGUCCUGAUGCAGAACACCAGAAGCUGGUUCUGUCUGAAGGAAACAGAAAGGUGACCUGGAUGGAGGAUGAUCCAGAAAACUCAGGUCACCACCAGGUGGUGCUGUGCAGUCAGGGCCUGACAAGACGCCACUACUGGGAGGUGGAGGUCUCUGGAUCUUUGAGCAUCGGGGUCAUACAGGAGGAGGCCCGAAAGAAAGACACAAUGAGUGAUUUCACAAUGGGGCACAAUAAGGAUUCUUGGUGUUUGGUUUGUUCGGAUGAUGGUUUUCAUGUUUGGCACCAUGAUGACAGAGUAAACGUGUCUUCCCUGGGAAGACGCACCAGUCGGUUGGGGGUGUAUCUGGACCGGCCUGCUGGUUCUCUGUCUUUCUACAGAGUUUCCUCUGACAGUUUGAUCCAUCUUCACACUUUCACAGUGGCUUUUAGUGAUCCUCUGUAUUCUGCAGUUGAACUUAAAGCCCAAUCAUCUGCUGUGUUUUGUAUUUUAUAACUUAGGUGGGUCCUGCUUACAUGUAUAGAGUGCUGUAAAAAGUAAUGUCUCCCUAUGGAUUCAUUUGGUUGAACCCAAUCAGAGAUUCCUUCAAAGUCUGACUCCCCUUGAUGACUGGGAAGAUACAGACAAGAAAGUCUUAACUUACCUGAGAUCACUUAGAACAAAAACCAUCUCUUCAGACCAUGACUGAAAUGAGAAAUCACAAAGUGAAAGAUGAGAUUCAGAAAUUUCUCAAACUGUCAGAAAUGGAACUUGUUCCUUUGCACUGCUCUGUUGACAAAAUAUCAAUGUCACAUUUAUUUAUAGAGCACUUUAAAAACAGAUGUAAACCUGCCGUACAAGAACAACAACACAAAUUGAUAAAAACAGAGUAUCAAAACACUACUUCAAAUAAAUGCUGGAGAAUAAAAAUGAGUUUUGAAGAUCAAUUUAAAAUGAUCAAGGCUGUUGGCAGAUCUAAUCAGGAAAGGUAAAUUAUUCCAUAGAACAGGAGCAGCAACAGAAAAAGCCAGAUCUCAUUUCCUCUGAAGUCGGGUCCGAGGAACUAUGUCUGUUCAUAAAUCUUUUUUAGAUUCUCUUUUCUACUUUGCAAAAUGGUGAGAUGAUAAAGAAAGUACGAGCUGUACUUAAAACAAAAUGCCUGAUUGAUCAUUAGCAAAAGGUUAUUGAUGCCAUAAGAAACAAUGUAUUUAUUACUCCAUGAGUAGAAUGUGAAGUUAAAGCAGUUAAAUUACAUUGACUUUAGUUUGCCAGUGUUGUGGAUCAUAUCUGAAGGAGAGCAUUUGUACAUUUGAUUUGGACUUUAUUGUGUUGGUAUGCUUUUAUUUGGAAGGGGCAAUACUUUAUUUAUAGCAAUAUUUAGAUUAUGGGAUUUAUAAAUAUAUAUAUUUAUCAAAGAUUUUUACAGUUUAAGCGUUUUUGGUUUUCGAAAAGUAUAUGAAAAUUUAAAAAUGUUUUCUACUUUGCUUGUUUAAAUCCAAUCAAAUUUUAUUUGUAUAGCACAUUUCAUCAACAAGGCAUUUCAAAGUGCUUUAUUACAUUGCAGAACAUGCAAAGCACACAGCUACUGUGUCAUUCAAUGAAGUGUCUGUAUUAUGAUUCAUUCAUUGCUGCUAAAAUGUGGUGUGCAUUAUUCAUACAUAUAAGCUGUCACUGAAAACUUUAUACAAUCAUGGAA